UUUCUUUUCAUUUUAAACCAAACCAUGUCAUUUUCUAUUGAACAGAUACCAUCACUUCCAUUAUUAGUCAACAAAAAGCAAUCAAUCCACCUGACUGACAUUCUAUUGUCAGAAUUAACAAUGAACCAAAAACACUUAAUAAGCAGGUUAUCUAGUUUUUUGGAAUUUGAUAGCGCUUAUUUUGAUGAAGAAACCAACAUUUUUAUCAAAAAAUUAAUAUACUUCUUGCUGCCAAAUAGCUCACCAUGGAUAAAUUUAGCCGAGCUGAAUACUUUGGAAAUGGCUGAUGCGUCAAAUCAGACAUCAUACUGUUUCGAAACACGGGCAGACCACAAAAUUGAAACGCCUCUUUUAACAUAUAAUCUUUCAGAACUGGAGCAAGUUGCACAACAGAAAGACGCAAUCAGCAAAAGAUCUCAGUCGAUACGAGAUCUAUUUACCAACAAGCAAAUCAUCCUCUCUAAAGAAGAUACCAGCGCAGCCAAUAUUCUUUAUACACUUGCCGCCUUUGCUAACCUAUUAUGUCAAUAUCCUCAGUGGAAAAAUAACGCUGUCCUGAUACAAAUAUGCUCAUCUCAUGUGUCAUGGCGUGAAUUGGAAGCGGUACCUGAAAUUGUACGACAAAUCAACCAACUCUACGGAAAUCCAGAGUUUGUACCUGUUCACUUUUACCAUCAAGAGAUCGAUCAAGACGAACUACAGGCAUUUACGAACGCAGCAAAUAUCAAUUUAUGCCCAAGUGACUCACCGAAAGAAUCUCUUUUACUAAAGAAUUCCCCUUGUAUUCCUUCUCGCUUAGUACAAGACCCUUCAGAUAUCCCACAGUUAACAAACGCUUUACAUGACGCCCUGACAAGAAGCUUGUUCAACUAGAAUAACCCUAUUUAUAUAUCCUCUCCUUUUUUACACCUGCAUCAACAAUUUUUUUGUUGUGUUUGCAUAUAUUUAAAUACAUUUAAACAGAUAAAUAGUAAAACUACUACUACAAAGUUUGACUAUUUUGUGCAAGUAUCAAGCAAGCUAAACCCUUACUAUUGCUUGUAUCACUAUUAUGCGCUCCUGAAGAAGGGAUGGAAACCUAGAAAUAAUCAAACACGAUAACAUAGUUACCUUAACAACCCUUCAUCAAAGUUCUUUAUACAAUACGUUUCAAAAUUCUUUGUCUUAUUUUG